GACACAGCUGUCAAUUUGUCCAGUAGAAGUACAGUGUGAUUCAGAGCCCUUUCAUCAAACCUGUUUGGGUAAAGCACUUCAAAACAUUACGUCUGCACGACUUGCCAGGGCGCAGUAGACAAUUCUUCUUGAGGAAAAUGCAUCGUAGGAUUUAAAAUUGGCGUUCUUACGAGGAAAAAGCUACUUUUCUUCCUGGUGAACGUAUUUUUCUUUUUUUCAAAGGUGUGUGCCUCCCGCCCCGCCCCCCACCACGGCCCUCACCUGCGUGCUGCGGUGCUUCCCCUGCGAGCCGACCUGGGCUGGCAGCCCCUUCCUGCACCGUCCCCCGACCCCGCCCAUGGUCAGGAUGACGCGCUCCAAGACCUUCCAGGCCUACCUGCCCAGCUGCCACCGCACCUACAGCUGCAUCCACUGCAGAGCUCACCUGGCCAACCACGACGAGCUCAUCUCCAAGUCUUUCCAGGGUAGCCAAGGAAGAGCAUAUCUCUUCAACUCUGUGGUGAACGUGGGCUGUGGACCUGCUGAGGAGAGGGUGCUGCUCACUGGCCUGCACGCUGUGGCAGACAUCUACUGUGAGAACUGCAAGACCACGCUGGGGUGGAAAUACGAGCAUGCCUUUGAGAGCAGUCAGAAGUAUAAGGAGGGCAAGUUCAUCAUCGAGCUGGCUCACAUGAUCAAGGACAACGGCUGGGACUGACAAACGAGCCGUGGUGACACAUUGGGAAGGGUUGCGGGGGGGGGGGGGGGUGGUUAGGUGGCGGGAAUAGAGAGAGGGAGGACGUCGAUGAGUGUGUGAUUUUGGUUGGGUUGGUUGACCAUGACCUCUGUCCCCCACCCCCGCCCCCACCCAUCUGCCACCUCGCCUCCUGACUGCCGGGGGGGGGGGGGGGGGGGGCGGCAUUAGGCGAGUGGUGCUAGGGGUGUGGUGUUGAGGGGGGGGUGUAGGGCGUGUCAGACCUCCCUCUCUGGGUGUUUUGUGUGUAUGGAGGAUGUCAUUGGGGAUAAAUACCAUUAGACACACACUUCCUCACAGACUCAAAACACACAACUAACACAUCCCAUGAUCCCAGCCUGACAGGUGGACCUGAGUAGCAGUGAUAAGGCUGCUGGCUGGCAGGCUGACUGACUGGCUGGCAGACUGGAUGACUAGCUGGCUGGUUGGUUGACCCACUACCUGGUUCAAUGGCUGUUGUGAGAAAGGCCAGGCCUUGGCCAGCAGCCCUUGUUAAGGAGCUGAUUGGAGCUCUGUUGUGUGUGUGUGUGAAUGAGAAUGCUUAAGAUGAUUAACUCAAAUCCAGCUCAUGCCAGCUGGGUGAGGAAUGAGGC